AGAUAUCUCAAAUCAAAUCUAUGCAAGCAGAAAUGGAUAAGGAAAAGAAUGCCUACAAAUCUCAUUGUUUGGUCUUAACCUUUCCAAGCCAAGGCCACAUUAAUCCCAUGCUCGAAUUCUCAAAGCGCUUGCAGACCAAAGGAGUAAAAGUUACACUGGUUAGCACCUACUUCAUCUCCAAGACCAUUCACAAAGAAGCCACCUCCAUUGCCCUCGAGACCAUCUCCGACGGCUACGACGAUGGCGGGAGAGCGCAAGCUGAGAGUAUCAAGGCCUAUUUGGAGCGGUUUCAGCGAGUUGGGUCACAAACUCUGACUGAACUCCUUGAGAAACUCUCUACAUCAGGCUGCCCUGUUGAUUGUGUUGUUUAUGAUGCUUUCUUGCCUUGGGCUCUAGAUGUUGCUAAGAAGUUUGGAUUAGUUGGGGCUGCGUUUUUCACUCAAUCUUGUGCUGUUGGUAAUAUAUACUACCAUGUCCACAAAGGAGUCCUGAAAGUCCCUCUUUUAGAGACUGAAAUUUCGCUUCCUGGAGCUCCACCACUCGAAGCUCCGGAUAUGCCAUCCUUCAUUUAUCAAUUCGGAAUAUCCUACCCGGCUUUCUUUGACAUGGUUGUGAGUCAAUUCUCCAAUAUUGACGAAGCUGAUUGGGUCCUUUGCAACACGUUUUAUGAGUUGGAGCAAGAGGUGGUGGAUUGGAUGGCGAAGAUAUGGCGAUUGAAAACAAUAGGACCAACCAUACCAUCUAUGUUCCUAGACAAGCGAGUUGAAGAUGACAAAAACUAUGGUUUCAACAUCUUCAAGCCCAACACCGAUGCCUGCAUGAAAUGGUUAAAUGAUCAACCAAAGGGGUCAGUUGUUUAUGUUUCGUUUGGGAGUGUGGCCGCUCUUGAUGUUGAACAAAUGGAAGAAAUCGCUUGGGGAUUGAGAAUGAGCAACAUAUGCUUCUUAUGGGUGGUUAGGGAAUCGGAGGAGGCAAAGCUCCCCAAAAACUUUGUGGAGGAGACGUCGGAAAAGGAAUUGGUGGUUCGUUGGUGUCCUCAGCUGGAUGUCUUGGCUCAUGAGGCAGUGGGAUGCUUUGUGACACAUUGUGGGUGGAACUCUACUUUGGAAGCCCUUAGCUUCGGUGUACCGAUGGUUGCAAUGCCGCAAUAUUCAGACCAGAGCACGAAUGCAAAGUAUAUAAUGGAUGUUUGGAAGAUGGGGUUGAAAGCUCCGAUUGAUGAGAAAGGAAUAGUCAGGCGAGAAGCUGUGAAACAUUGCAUCAAGGAAAUAAUGGAGGGAGAGAGAGGGAAAGAGAUAAAGAAAAAUGCCUUAAAAUGGAGGAAAUUGGCCAAAGAGACUGUUGACGAGGGUGGAAGUUCUGAUAAAAAUAUUGAAGAAUUUGUAGCCAAAUUGGUUAACUCUUAAGUCCAUUUCCUAAGUUGCAGCUGUUUGUUCAUCCAGUCUGAGUGGUUAUGUAAUAAUUUUGAAUUAUGACAAAGGCCUUUUAUGUAAGAACUGCUGAAUGGUUCGUAUCGGCCUAUCUUAAUUACUUCUUGUUCAACUGUUUUAAUUAGAAGCAUAUUUGCUC